CGGGGCGAAGGGGUCCGCGGCGGUGCGGAGGAGAUCGGGAAGGUGUUGUUCAGCCACGAGUCCAGGAUUCUCACCCCCGGAGGCGGUGCCAUCUCGCCCGGGGGCGCGGGGCCACCCGCGAGCCCAUCGCCGGGACACUAUCAUCCCCCUGCGCACAGUCCGCCCCUGGUCAAGAUUGGCGCGGUCCACGCCCACCAGCCGAACAAUAACCACCAGCAUCAUCAGCAGCAACAGCAGCAACAGCAACAACAGCCGUCGAGUCAACCGCAGGUGCCGGGUGCUGGUGCUGGAGGGGCCGGCGGGCCGGGGGGCGGCGUGGCCAGGGCCGGAGGCAUGUUCUGCUACCACUGCCCCCCGGGUCUCCCAGCGCCGCGAUUACCGCCAUCCCUGGAGUAUCCUUUCGCCCCGACUCAUCCCUAUACUAGUUAUUCCGCCUAUCAUCCAGCACUGCACGGAGUUGGCGAGGAUUCCUUCGUGCGGAGGAAACAGCGGCGAAACAGGACAACUUUCACCCUCCAGCAACUGGAGGAACUCGAGUCCGCCUUCGCGCAGACUCACUACCCGGACGUCUUUACGAGGGAAGAUCUAGCCAUGAAGAUUAAUCUCACGGAAGCGAGAGUGCAGGUAUGGUUCCAAAAUCGGCGGGCGAAAUGGCGUAAGAGCGAGCGACUAAAGGAGGAGCAACGCAAACGCGAGGGCGGAAACGGCGGCGGUGGCGGCAGCGGCGGCGGUGGCAGCGGCGGCGGUAGCGGCGGUGGUAACGUGGAAUCCUCCGCUCUGGCCGCGCCGACGUCUUCGUCGGCAGGCCUGAGUCCCACGGGAAAUGAUCCGGAGGGCACCACGACCAGCAGCAGCGCCGCCGACACGGAGGACGCCGUGGCAGAGGGAGCCGGAGGUGGCGGCGGCGGCGGUGGCUCCAGAAGCCCCAGCACGACUUCCGCCUCGGUCAGUCCCCGGCCCCAACCGAGUCAGCCGUCCCUGGGUGGUGUCUCGACGCCACCGCCGACCCCCAUAAGGGCGCCGCCGCCGCCGCCGCCGAGCACCGUGGGGGGCCUCGGACCACCCGCCGAGAGCACCACGGGGAUAGGCGCGGGCUUCAGGCCGGUGGAACCACCGACGUCCCUUUUCUUCUCGCCCCAUUUGGCCGCUCAGUUCUCGCCGCCGCUCUUCGGCAACAAGAUCGUCAGCAGCGCGUCGACGUCGCUGACCUCGACGACGCCGUCGUUGUGGACCACUAGCGACCAACACCGGCCGAGUAGCCUUCAGGAGAUGCUGUCUUGGUCGCCGACCGGCUGGCCCGGUUCCAUUUGCGGCUGUUGCAAACCCGGCACUACCGGCACCGGCACCACCGAUCUCCAUCGGAGCAACAGCCUGGCCGAGCUCCGGAGGAAAGCUCAGGAACACUCGACCGCCUCGGCCCUCCUCGGCGGCCUCGCCGGUUUCCCCGGGGGGCUACCUCUGCCUCUACCCUUACCGUUGCUGCCGCCCUUGCUGGGCCUCUCCAGGCGACCAGAGCACCAUCAUCAUCACCACCUGCCUGGCGUGGUGCAUCAAAUACAGCCCACCACCAAGGAAGAUCCCUAGGAUCGCCUCGACGAAUGCCAGAAUCGUCUCGUAGACGAUGAACGUAAAGACGUAUGUCAAAGGGAUAUCCCGCGCGUAUCGGAUGGUUGCAAAAUUGAAGCUCGACUGCGGUAUAACGAUUUCGGUGAGUUCGGAUAUCGAUGCUGUGUAAGAGUCGAAUAAUGUUACGUAUGAAGGAUGCCAUAAAUAUAUAUAUGUACAAAAUAAUUUAAAUAUGUUUCUGUGUUCUCUUUCAUACCGCACAUUUAGAAUUAUUAUUAUAAUUUUUACGCCCGAAGUAAAUAUUAUUAGAAGAAAUAAUCUUCCCAAUUAGAUUCAAUUUUGAAUCAUGAAUUUAAAAGCUUUGGAUUAAUAAUGGAUUAAGCGAAAAUGUAACGUUGAGAGUCGAACUCACCGAUAUCGCACCGCCAUGUUUGAUAUCUUCAAAAGUGCUUUUCUUAUCGUAAUUGCAUUUUAAUCUUGUCGCAUUUUUGGACGGAAAAAUGUUUUUUCUGAGUUUCGACGUUACGAGUUGUUCGAGCGAGUUUAAGAGUCUCAAUUCCGGAGACGACGAAGAAUUAACGAAGCAUAAUGCUACGAGGUGAUAACUUGGCUCCGUAAGGCGACUCGCGCAAACACCGCAAAUUGUUGCAUUCAUAUUGUCUUCGAUUGCGCCUUGUUAAAAUAAACAUUGCGCGAAUCCUGUUAAGAAAUCUUGCGCAAUCUCGAUAGACUUUAUUUUAGUUCAACGUACAACACGGUAGAUUUUUUAGAAGAAAAAAAAAUUUUCAUUCGCAGCAAAUUUGACACCUGCAUUUUCAGUUAUGCUUCGAGAUCGACCUUGCGAAAUUCUGACAUUCUAUGAAAUUUUUAAUUCUUUGCACUUUCUCUUUAAAAGGUACCAAUAAAUUAUUUGCGACUACUGUUAAUAUUUCUAUCGAGCUCCCUAUUGUUUAUUGGAUUUUAACAAAAAUGAGAAACAAACAAGAUACCAUUAGUACGCAAUAAAUCGUUAAAUAAUGCAGCGCUAUCAAUUUGCACAUUACUUUGUUUAUAUCCGCGGACGGUGUAAAUAGGCAGGGCGCAUUACAAUAAUCUUCAGUAGUAUUCUCAAAACACAUAAACACUUUUUCUUACACAUAUGUAACCAACAACAAUAGCGUGUGAAUCUCCAUAUUACGCAGAAUUUAUAUUUUAUUUAUUGCGACCUAGACACAUUUAUAUCACCAUCGUUCACUCAUCAUCGACAACGUACGAAAAUCGUUCUGUUCCAGUGACCGUAAUGUAAAAAGUUUGGAGCGAAUCCGUUAAUCUCGCGGCGGAGAAGCGUUUCCGAGAGAAAAAAGAAUUCCGCGAGAGGAGGAAGAAGCCGGAUUUCGGACUGACGUCUUGAAUUUGCAAUGCUAAAAUGUCGCGAUACGCUUUGUAUUGUACAUAAAUGAGAAUAACCGCGGCGGGAGAACGGAAACGAGAACGCAACGCGAGAGCGACGCAUCGAAACCCCUGCGGAGAUGUGUUGGUGGUGGAGGUGUUUACGGAUGGUUUCGUUUCCUUUCACGCGAGUAGGAAGACGCGACGGACCAACACGUGCCUGAUGCGCUGUAUAUUCAAUUGCUUGACACGCUCGACCAGUCGAUUCGUUCAAGCCACGCGAACAGGCUCGAGUGUGCACUCAUCGUAAAAUUCCUAUCAGCGGGGGUUGAAACCGAUAUAGUAAUCUCGAUUGGAAUUCGGCGAGAAAGGGAAAACGUCUUCUCGGACGAGCGGAAGAGGGAAAACGUCUUCUCGGAUCCUCGAGUGAAAUUUCUCUCGCGGAAAUUGUGUCCGUUUUAAUCCCUGGCUGCCGGUAAAAGGAAGAAACUCGUUUCGAGUUGGCUACUACUCUUACAUGCCUUAAAAAAAAAAAA